ACCAGAAUACAUAGGUAAUGCUAAUCAUACAAUUUUGUUUUGUAAUAAACCAAUUGUCGUUUGGAGCAAGUUUUUAAAGAAGUGAUUGGCGAUUUAUUGAAUUGUUUAUUAUUGGAAAGGUUGGUUGGUCUUGUGACUUAGUUUAAGUUAAUCUCUUUAAAGGAAAUCUAUUAUUUUGGCAAAUAAAUUAAUCGCCAUUGACGAGUGAACAUUAUUAAUGGUAAUAGUAAUAUAAGGGGGAGAGACUGAAAAAUCAGGUUAGAAAAAUACUCAUACUCUGAUAACAAAAUUAAAACUUUAAAAAAAAAUAAAUCAAUGACAUAGUUGAAUAGAGCUAAUUUUUAAAAGAAUUAUAACACCAAAAUCAUAUUUUUAGCUGUUGUAGUUUUAAAGUUAUGAAUUUUUAAAGUACGACUUAAUUUGUCCUUUUUUAACAUGGACCGCAUCUCCACAUUCUGUGACCCAAUUCCGCUGUUCGCGUCACGAGCUAUAUAACUCUUGUUUUAAUGAUAAUUUUAUUUUCAGAACUAAUGCUGUAUUAAAAAAAUUUGUCCUUUUUUAACAUGGACCGCAUCUCCACAUUCUGUGACCCAAUUCCGCUGUUCGCGUCACGAGCUAUAUAACUCUUGUUUUAAUGAUAAUUUUAUUUUCAGAACUAAUGCUGUAUUAAAAAAAUAAGUUUAAUAAUGUUAACAAUUAUAGAUAAAUUUUAGCUUAUCUAACUAUGCAUUAUUUCUAUCAGUAAAUUUAAUAUAAUGUAUUAAUAUAUGGCUUUUCUGUUUACCAAAUCUACGACGUUCAUUAUACCAAUAUUUGCUAUAUAGUCUAUAUAAGGCAACUCAUGCCCUAAUUACGAAAAUACUGUUUGGGAACUAUUGAACUUUCAACUUUGUUACAUGACUAAUUAAUUAAAGCUUUCCCUGACCUAGUUGAAUAGUUUUUGCACACGGCAAACUUUUAUGAAUGAAAUCUCUGAGAUAGUAGUAAAUAAUAGCCCUUAUGCAAGUCACUGUGAAUGGCUGCCAUGACAUUUUGCACACGGCGAAUUUUGAUCAUGUAUAAUAUGGACUCUACCGGGUUUUUUAACCUCAAAUUAAAAUAUUAUUCUUUCAAUAACAUUUAAAUUCAUUCUAAAACAUAAGUUAUCAAAUAUUUUGAUGUAAAUAGUGGAAAUAAUUAAAUAUUUCCUAAGUAACGGCGGCGUCCGCCACUGAAAGGGGGCGUGGCCACUUCCUUAUCGAAAUUGGGCUGAGCUACAUUACCAUAUAGGGGUUCACUCAAGUGAGCAUAACAAGUGAUCGACAUGUCCUAACUCAAUGAGAAUUGACACAAAUACACAUCGAUAGAUAAUACAGAAUAAGACUUUUUUUUAAAGACAUAAAAGUUGAACUUCUAUACGAAUUUUAUAGUGAAAGAUGCCUUAUAUUUACAGGGGAAUCUCAAAAUACAGGUCGAUUGAAAAUUUUAAAAAAAUCGAUGUAAAUGUAGGCCAACAUGUCUACCUAAUUAUAAGGCCGGAAACGGAACUCAAAUAUAUAUCGAAAGCACUCAUUUAAUAAUAAAUAGACACACACAUCGGAAAAUUAAAAACUCGGAUUUUUCGGCGCCGAUUGCCAUUUCCGAUACACAAAAAGUAGUAGCCUCCCUUGGUUUACCGAAGUAUCUAGUAUGAGUGAAUAGGCACUUGCAUACAAAAUUUUAAAAAAUUGAAAUAAUUUUUUAAAUAACACAGUUAGUUAGAGCAAAUUUCAAAUAAAAAAAUGAAACCAGAAUCAACUUUUUAGCUUAAGUACUUUUUGAGCUAUAAAUUUUUAAAGUGUGAGUUCCUUUGGCUUUGGUAUUUUUUACUAUGGACCAUGGACGAAACUUCCACAUCUUUUGACCUCAUUCCGCUGAUCGCGUCAUGCGCAAUGACUAUAUACUUUAUAUAAGGCAACGCAUCGCCUUAUCACUAAAAUACUGUUUAGGGUCGACUUAUUUUAAACUUUCAACUUUGGCACAUGAAUAAUUAAUUAAAGCUUUCCCUGACCAAUGGUAUAGUAGUUUUUGCACACGGCAAACUCUUAUGAAUGAAACUCUGAGGUAGUACUACGAUACAGCCAUUAUGCAAGUGGCUGUGAAUGGUUGCCAAUGACAACGUGUUGCACACGGUAAAUUCUGAUCAUUUAUAAUAUGGAUUCUACCGGGUUGUUAAAGCCCAAAUUAAAACAUUCCAGUUUAAAUGUCUUCAAAAUGCAUUCUGAAACACAAGUUAUCAAUUAUUUUGAUGUAAAUAGUGGUAAUAAAUUAAUAUUUCCUAAGUAUCAGUAACUUCCGCCAUUAAAAAGGGGGCGUGGCCCACCCCAUGGCGAAAUUAGGUUGAGCGAGCUGCAUGACCUGCUGCGAACGCGUAGAAACAUUGCAUCUCUCGUAAGACACUCAUCGCUGUAGAUCAAUAGAUUCCCCAGAUGCAAAAAAAAGUUGGUAGUGACAAAUUUUUUCCUUCGACUUAAUUUUAAUGAUGAAAGUUGCCUUAUAUUUACCAAGGAUUUUCUCAAAGCUGACUGAUUGUAAAUGAAAAAGAAAUUGAUUAAAAUGUACGCCAAGAUGUCUACCUAAUUAUAAGGCCGAAAACGGAAUUCAAAUAUAUAUCGAAAGUACUAAUAUAAUAAUAAAUAGACACCCACAUCGGAAAAUUAAAAUUUUUCGGCGCAGAUUUCUAUUUCCGAUACACAAAAAGUAGUAGUCUCCCUUGUUUCAUCAAAGUAUCUAGAGUGAAACAAUAACAAAGUAAAGUUGAAGAAAGUAGACCUAUGUCAUUUUAUGUCAAAUAUGUGGAAAUGGAAACCUGAAAGAAAAAGAACACAACACAAGGAACGUAUCGACAAGAAGUCUUUAUCAGUGAACAAAAAACAUUAAAAACAUAAUAAAUAAAAUAACGCUUAGCUGCAAUGUAGUAUCCGAGAGGACAGAAAGAGAAAGGGAACCGUUAUAGGCAGUCGGCUGCGCAUAACCCUGAGAAUUAUAGGUAGUCGACUGCGCAUAACCCUGAGAGUUACAUGCAUUUGACUGCGCAUAACCCUGAGAGUUACCUUUAUCGAUUGAUACUGUAACACAGGAAGUAUAUAGACCUCACGUAACUUGCCAACUGCCUAUAACCACUUCGAAAGAGAAAUGUGACAGACCAAAGUAGGUGAGAGAUUAAAUACAGUCAAUACAAUCAUACAGGCUAAAUGGGACAGAGAAGAGGAAGAAAAGUAACUCCACUGUGAUUGGUCGUAACAAGGAGGGGCGGAGAAAAGGUUUAGCUGGUGAAUGAGAAUGCCAUGUUGUUUCAAGGUUCCAUAAGUCUGGAUCAGCUUGUUUUCCAAAUUCACCCGGUUUGGUGUGUUUGUACAGGACAUGAUUGUCAUGAAUGCACUAAUAAAAUUAUCAAAACCCUUGUGGUUGCUAUAUGUUAUAUAAUAUUACGGCUGUGUUCAGUACAUCUGUCAGAGAGUUGGCAUCCUGUCUAAAGAACAUGAUUUCAAGAACAUCUCUUUGUCUCCACUCUGCAACUCUAAUCUUUAAAAAAAGAGAAUCAAAGGCACUCUCUACUGAAUUUUCGCAUGUAUAAGACAUGUUUUAUACAAAGUUUUACGUACCCUGAAAACAAGGGGAGUCUUAUAUAUAUAUAUAUAUAUAUAUAUAUAUAUAUAUAUAUAUAUAUAUAUGUGUGUGUCUUAUAAAAUAUAUUUUUUACAGAAAUCAUAUAUAUUAUAUAUAUAUAUAUAUAUAUAUAUAUAUAUAUAUAUAUAUAUAUAUAUAUAUAUAUAUAUGGGUGUGUCUUAUGUAAAAUAUUUUUUACAGAAAUCAUCAAUUUAUUGGUCUCUGUAUGGUACUAAUCCCACUCGCUGAAGACUUGCCAUAGCAGAUCUGGCGUUUAUUGUUUAUAGAAUCUAGAUACCAGGUACUCAACCCAUCCGAUAUUGGCCUAGCAGCAGAUAAGAAUAAACAAUAAUCGUUGCGGUCCUGCCUCAGACAAUUUUUUGAUCUACCGGUAAACUAAAAAUGGUAACGAGGCCUUGUUUACAUCCGACAGGUGAUGAAACAUUGGACAAAUUUUCAAUUAUGAUAAAGGAAAGGAAACCAUUAGAUAUAAAUUGCUCAGUUCUGCAGAUGGCUAGGCCUCAUGCGUACGGUAUCUAGUGAUUUUGGUUUACACAAAUUGUCAAAGCCUGCAUCUUAUAUAUGGGUGCGUGUUAUGUACACAAAUAAUCAAAACCCAUGUCUUAUAAUUAGGUGCGUCUUAUAUGUGAAAAUAUGUGCGAAAAUACGGUAAGCUACAUAUCCAUAAAGAUAUUAUCAUCAGACCAGCUGAAAAAGGUGGAGCCAUUGUGUUGGACAAAAAUCUAUCAAUUAAAGAGGCACACACUCAACUAGAAGACAGGUUUCUAACCACUUCCUAAAAUACACAAGUAUGGUACCCUGGCACUGGCAGACCCCAAAAUACUUUUGAAUCUAGCAUUGUCCCUCCUGAAAAGAAACAUCAUCUAUUUCAGCUUGAUGUAUGUUUUCUUUAGACUUCAGUCCCCCCAUACUGACGGCCCUUUAGCUUAAAAACAUUUUCUUGAGAGUUAACCCGAAUCUUCUAUAUCUACCAACACCCUCCUCUGAGCCUCGUUCUCACCCCCAAUUCAUUUGAAUUUAGAUGCCAAUUCGUUGACCAAAUCAGUGGUGUUGCUAUGAGGACUAAAAUGGGACUCAGCUUGUUCAUGGGACAUUUUGAACACAAGAUAGAAAAAAAAUUACACUGGACGCCUCCCUGAAUUCUACAAAAGGUACAUAGAUGAUGGAAUUGGAGUCACCACUAAGGACAGGAGUGAACUUCACAUAUUCAUCAACUGUGUAGGCUCUUUUCACCCCUCCAUUGAAUUCACAUCUCUUGUCUGUGAGACAAAUUCACAUUUCUUGUCAGUGAGACCUCAUUUAACUUCUUGGACAUUAUCAGUCACCCUUCACAAAGAUAGCCUACUCACUUCUGCCUACUUUAAACCUACUGACAGCAACAGCAACUCUCCUAAUUGAAAUUUGGACCUUAACUUAUAAAUUAAGUUCAGGUCCAAAUUUCAAAUAGGAGAGUUGUUAGGUAAUCGCUUGAUUUGGUGCAGUAAAUUCAAAUUCAAUGCACAUGGAAAAAGGGUUGUUUCAAAAUUAUUCAUGGUUACCUUUUUUUAAGUUAAUAUUUUUAUAUUAUGAUUCAAAUGAUACGUUACUUUUAUUAGGCUAUUUACAUAGGAUACAUGGUCUUGGACAGGCAGUGAUUCAAAUAUCCUUACCACUGUACCACCAUAUUCUAUGUCUCAUUGUGGUAUUACAAAGCAAGAAAGAAGAAAUCACAAGCACUGAAAAUAUAUUUUGCCUCCUUUGCUUUACUUAUGAUUCUUCUGCCUGAAAGUUCUGGCUUUAGACCAAGACAAAAUACCAAUAAUUAUUAAUUAUUUAUUAUCAAAUUAUUUAAUUUAAUAUUUCAAUAUAAUCUAAAACAUGAGAUAUAUUAAACAAUUAGUAUUAAGUUAUUCGAAAUCAAUGUAACUGAUGUUAAGUACAGUAAUUAAAAAAAAAAAGAAAGAAAACUUAAUACUAAUGGUUGAAUAUGCUAUAAUCUCAUACUAUGCAGUAAUUUGUACAUCAAUAAACACAACCACAAUUAAGAGCCAAAUAAAAUGUCGGUUGAGUUAAAAUGAUGUGAGACAUUGUUUAUGAUAAAUUUUUUGAAAUUUUUUGCUGAGUCUACCCGCUAUUUAGUUUCACCAAAAUAACACAUUUGACAGUGUUGAUAACAAAUGAGCCAUUGUAGCAGAAAUAUGACAAUUAAUAUUUUUAAAAUCUUAUUUAUAUAACUUGUUAGCAUUUGUUUUAAAUAGCCAAGAAUGCACAAGGUGCUUUUAAGGACAAGAGUGUGUAAAAUCAGCAAUUGAUGAUAUUCUAGUUAUUUAAUAUAAAAUUUGUUUAAAAAUUAAAAAUGUAGAUCAGUCGUUUCUAUCUAUGUAAACUUUUUAAAAAAUGUAGAUCAGUCGUUUCUAUCUAUGUAAACUUUUUCUUAAUGAACUAUUUUAUAUCUUCCUCAGUACCAUAUUGAAUGAAAUCUGCGCUUAAUACUAACAGACACAAUUUUCCAAAUAUCAGGAGCAUUUAGGGUGCUUCUCAGUUUAUGCUUCUUCCUUCAUUGUGUCUUAAUAAUUGAAGACAAUGGCUGAUCUGGCAGAAAUUGCUGCUGCUGCUGGUAUAUCUAUAGUUGAUGGCAACCCUGGAGAUGGGGGAGAUGCAGGCAGCACAGGAGGUCAUGCUGAAAAUAGACCCCUUUUACGUAAUCCAUUACCUGUAGAAUCUGGGGAUCUAUGUCUGCAUUCUGAAGUUCUUGAAUAUGAAGGGAUGUUUGGUAACAGAUACACAGAGUCUGAUCCUGAUUAUCUCAAGACAGUUGAGGAUAACGAGUCAUCUAACAAGCCACCCUGUGUUACAAACUUUAAUGUUAGACGACAAAGAGACGAUAGUAGAAACUGGAAUAGAAAUCGUGGAGGACAUGGACGGUAUGAUGGAGGCCAAGGUCAUUAUGGAGGAGGCGACAGAGAUGGUCACAGAAGCAGGGGAAAUCAUCAAAAUAAUUGGGGUAGGCAAGGUAGAGGGGGUGAUUGGGGCAGAGGGGAUAACAGAUCAAAUGACCGUCCAAGAAAUUAUGAUAACAGAAAUAGGGACAGAUCACCAUAUAGAUAGUUUUAUUUCUUUAUAUUUUAUGUAUAUUAAUAGCAUUUGUUUGGAAUAUUUUUCUUUAAACAAGUGGAAGAAUUUGUAAUUGUGAUUUUCUUGUAUUUAUCUUCAAUAAAAGCACAUUUCUUAC